UUAUUGUUUUUUCCUUUUAAUAAAAUCAAUAAAUUAUGCAAAAUGCGUUUGAUGACAAUUUUAAAGAAUUUUAAUGAAUUAUAAAACAUUUGUUAGUGAUAAAUAAAAUAAUAAAAAUGUCAAGGGCAUACGAAGGAGCACGAUUUAUUUCUGAUAAACAGAUAGUUGUCCUAGACAUUGGUUCAGCUUACACCAAAUUUGGAUAUGUUGGUGAAGCAACACCUCGAGGAAUUAUAAGAACUGAGAUCAAAUCUCCAGAGACUAAAAAAAUAUGCAAAAUUUAUAAAUAUAAUGAUAUUGAGGAUCUUUAUCAAUUACUUGUAGAAUUUCUUCAUGCAAUAUUUUUCAAACAUGUUCUGAUAACACCAAAAGAUGUGAAGAUGAUCAUAGUAGAAUCACUCUUAACACCAUCAAAAUUUAGAGAUACAUUGGCCAAAGUAUUAUUUAGACACUUUGAAGUCGGUUCUUUGAUGUUUUUACCUACACAUUUAGUAACAAUAAGUACUUUAGGAUGGGAUACUGUCCUUGUACUCGACGUAGGAUACCAAGAAGCUACGUUAAUUCCAGUUUAUAAAGGUGUUCCUAUACUUAAAGCAUGGCAGAGCCUUCCUUUAGCAGGCGAAGCAGUUCAUGAAUGUAUCAGAAAUGAUUUACAACAAGAAAUGCCCAAUGUAAAUCUUGAGGAAAAAAUUAUAGAAGAUAUUAAAGUUCGAACGUGUUUUGUCACGACUUUAGAGCGCUCAAAUAAAUUAAAGUCAGAAGAUGCCUUAGUACCUCCCCCGUCUGUUAAGUAUCCAGGUAUUAAAGUGAUAACAAUUCCAGGAUACAUAAGAGAAAAGGCUUAUGAAAUAUUAUGGGAGCGUGAUGCUGAUAAUCUAAGUAUUCCUACGAUGAUUCUUGAUGCUAUUUUAAAAUGUUCAAUAGAUACUCGACAAGAACUUGCAGAAAAUAUUCUUUUAAUUGGAGGCACAACGAUGGCUAAAGGUUUUGCAGCACGACUCAAACAAGAACUUACAUACCUUGUUAAGAGUGAACUGUAUUCAGAAAAAUUAAAAAUACGUACCUUUAAAUUUCAUUCAGCUCCAUGUAAGCCGAAUUACACUGCUUGGCUUGGAGGGGCAAUUUUUGGUAUUGCUGAUCUACCAUCACGAUAUAUCACUAAAGAUAAAUACCUCAAGACUAAUAGAAUUCCUGAUUGGGCUAAUUUAAUUGAUAAUCAAAGAGAAGUUGAAUCUAACUAUGGAAUUUAAAAUAUUUUGGUUUAAUAAUAAAAUAUUAUGUAUUGAUAUUAAUUUUAUUUUUUAAUUUUUGUAUUGAUUUACAUGUAUUACAUAAUAUUAAAU